CUUAAUGGACUCAAGAAAGCAAAAAUUACAUUAGCUCAAAAGAUCAACCUCAUAGCUGCAGAAAUAACUGUCCAGCCAACCCUUGAAGAAGCCUCUGAGAACUGUACCCAAGAAUGCCUUAUCCUUGGUCAUUCUGACUCCUGCUGGAUGCCUGCUGCAGUACCCCAGUAUCGGCAACCUCGUCCUGCAGAGCCUGUGGUAACCCGCCACAGUUCUCCUGCUCCACAUCUGAUCACGACCACAGCAAUGUGCCACAAUCCUCCUGAGCCCCAGCCUGCUGCUAUUUGCACCACUCCCCCCCGGUCCCUGAAUGAAGAACUGGGGCAUGGUGCUAGGGCUGCUCAAGGAAGGGUUGUUGUUCAGGACGAUUCUAAUCAGGUUCGAAGAUGCAGUCCCAGAGCCUUGUUUUGCACAGCUGAACAUGACGACUCAAUCAAAGUUAUUCCCAUGACGACUUUCACGCCUGGCCAAUCUUCACAGGGCUCUCCCAAUAUCGAAGAGGAUCCCAUAUAAGGCCCGUUAGCCAAGCCAACUGUUCCAGACUUCAGGAGAAUGUGUAUAUAAUCAAAGCAACUGAACUACAUGCAUAUUAAAAACUGCUCCACAUGUAUAUAUGUAAAUAGAAACUAAAACUGAACUCAAUUUCAAGAGCUAGAGCUAGAUCACUAGAGUUUCCUCCUAAGAAAAGUUUGACCGAAGUUUGUAUCAAAUAUGGAGAAGCAAAAAUCAAGAAAUAAUAUUUUAUAGUAGAAAAAGGGCUAUUGUGACAGAUGAGGGCUUCGUGGUUUUUGCCAUUUCUGAAGAUUUUAUCCAAAUUUCUGCCUUGGUGUGUAAAUUAUACCAACUUAUUCACAUGCUGUUCAAAAUCAACAUAAACGAUGCCACAGAUUCUCUGGUAAUGUACCCCUGCUUGGUGGAUACUCAAUGUUAGAAUGCACUGCACUGUGUCAAAAGAGGCUACUGGAUUUCCAAGGGGACUUUUUUGUUUUCAGAUUUAUCUUCCUAGUUUAAUGUAAGCUAUAUCAAGAAUCAUUGCAUCUGUCAUUGUUUAGCCAUUCUUCCAUUACUAAUCAGGUUUUUUCUUUCCCAAGUUCACGUUAGCUAAUGUCCCUGGAAACCGAACGUAAGAGGACUUAAAACACAAGGAAGCCGAAGAGAUUUGGUGGCUAAUUUAGGGCUGUGGCUGUAAACUACUGUCGCCUAGAGAAUAUGCUGGUGAUUUAAAUGUUAAUUUUACAGCACCAAAGGCACUUAUGGAAAGAUUUUCCAUAAAGGAUUCAAUAUAACUAUAGAUAACCACACACUAAGCCCAUUAGACUAAGGGAUUUUUGUCAUUCUAGCUCAACUUAUUGAAGAAAAUAACAGACAUUAUGCAGACAAAAGCAGGAAGCAAACAUUGGCGAGGUAAAUUAUAAAUAUACAUCAAAUAUAUUCUUGUACAGAACUUCUAAGUGAUGUGCUGGAGGAGAUUAGGAGUUGCUGACUGCUUCUUAUGGUGGAUAAGAAACACUUGCUUCACCAUAAAAGGAAAACCAAGAAAUCCCAGACAGGAAUCAAAAGAUAUCCUUCUGUGGUAAAAAGGAAUACACUUGUGUUCCUAAGGAAAUUAUUUCCUUCCGUUGUCUGUUGGUUUUGGUUUUUUUCCCCCUUUUUAACCAGUCAUUAUCUUCUAUGUGUACAUUUCACCAAGUCACAGAAACUCCACCCCACAUUGAUUUCUCACAGCAAAACCCGGGUAACUUGUCUAGUUUCAAUGUUAUUAUACCAAGAGACAAUCUGUGUUUUGGGGGAAGUAAAACAUCCCCAAACACAAGAAACAAAGAAACAAAGAAAUAAGCAAAGAAACAAACCAAACCAAACAAACAAAAAAAAAAAAGAAAAAAAAAGAAAAAAAACAAACCAAAAAAAGCAUAACUUUCUUGUGGAUAAAAUUAGAUAUAGGCUCCAUAAUGUGUAACUUAAAUUAAUAAUUUAUGAGUAAAAUGUGUGUGUAAAAAUGUUAUAAGCUUCUAGAAAAAAAAAACCAAAAAAAAAAACCCAACAAAACACAAAAAA